AAUAUCGCGAGCAUUUGGUUGCCUUGGCUGCAGCGCAGGGUGACGCUAGAGGAGGUUUGACUGGGGUUUAGCGGCAGAGCGUUUCACUCAAGUCCCUCAGGACAAGGGACAAGGCAACAGCGGGGUUGAAAAGUGUCACCUGGGAAGACCUACGUUGUGGCGGCUCCACUAUCACACCUCACAGCUGCUAGAGAGACCGGAGUGCAGAUGCCUCCCAGGCGGCACGUUGAUAUAAAUCUGCUGAAGUGUGAACUUUCACCUCUCUCCCCUUUGGCCUGUUCUGUAAAGAGCUUCUGUUGUUGAGGAGCUAAGACUCUGCUGUACUUGGCUGUGCAGGAGACACCAGUGAAGGUCGACACACCUGCAGCAGCAACAACAACUACCAUCAACGAGUCCCCUAGUGUCAGACGUCUGUGAGAUUCCACAAACGAGUCCAAGAAAGAGGGAGAGUCCAGGAGGGAAUCUAAGAGGGAGUGAGAAAGCUAGAGGAUGAGAAGAUUCCUCUCGCUCUAUCUCUCUGAAGACUGGAUUAGACAGGACACACCCUGUCCGAUAUUGCACUAGGAACAAUAGAGUCUCUGGACUCCAUCAGUCAAAUCAAACCAUUGGAAAAACUAACAACAGUUGUAUUGAUUGUUUUGUCUUUCUAGCCCUUUUUGGACACCCACUGAUUUUCACUCUCUGUUUUUUUCUGCCACUGCAAAGAUGGCCCUGUGUAUUUUGUCAUGGGGGCGGACUGUUAAGUGUUGAUCCCGGGAAAUAGGUGACUCACAGCCAGGAACAUGUCUUGGAAAAGGAACUACUUUGCGUCCGGAAGUGGCGGACUGCAGGGGAUCUUUACCCCACGCACCAUGACAUCCAUCGCCCCCAGUAAAGGACUCAGCAACGAGCCGGGCCAAAACAGCUGCUUCCUCAACAGCGCACUGCAGGUCCUGUGGCACCUGGACAUCUUUCGCCGGAGCUUCCGGCAGCUGACCACACACAAGUGCAUGGAGGACUCGUGUAUCUUCUGUGCCCUGAAGAGUAUCUUUGCCCAAUUCCAGUUUAGCAGUGAGAAGGUGUUGCCGUCUGACGCGCUCCGCAGCGCCCUGGCCAAGACCUUCCAGGACGAACAGCGCUUCCAGCUGGGCAUCAUGGACGACGCUGCAGAGUGCUUUGAGAAUAUUCUAAUGCGGAUCCAUUUCCACAUCUCAGACGAGACCAAAGAAGACAUCUGCACAGCCAAGCACUGCAUCCCACACCAGAAGUUUGCCAUGACACUCUUCGAACAGUGUGUGUGUAGCAGCUGUGGGGCCUCCUCUGACCCACUGCCCUUUAUUCAGAUGGUGCACUACAUCUCCACCACCUCCCUCUGUAACCAGGCGGUGAGGAUGUUGGAGUGCAGAGACAAGCCCACACCAGACAUGUUUGGAGAGUUGCUCCGCAACGCUAGCACUGUGGGAGACCUACGCAACUGUCCGAGUAACUGUGGGGAGAAGCUGCGUAUCCGUCGGGUGCUGAUGAACUCUCCAGAGAUCAUCACCAUAGGUCUGGUGUGGGACUCUGACCACUCAGAUCUGGCAGAGGACGUCAUCCACAGCUUGGGCACCUGCCUGCGCCUGGGGGAUCUCUUCUACAGAGUGACUGAUGACAAAGCCAAGCAGGCAGAGCUCUACCUGGUGGGCAUGGUGUGUUACUACGGCAAGCACUACUCCACCUUCUUCUUCCAGACCAAGAUACGCAAGUGGAUGUACUUUGACGACGCACAUGUCAAAGAGAUCGGGCCCAAGUGGAAGGACGUGGUGUCGCGUUGCAUCAAGGGCCACUAUCAACCCCUGCUACUGCUCUACGCUGACCCCCGGGGGACGCCCGUGUCAGUGCAGGACCUGCCCUCCCGCCUGGACCUGCACCACUUCAACAAGGCUUACUACGACAGCGAGGACUCGGGACGGGAGCCGUCCAUCUCAAGUGACACUCGCACCGACUCGUCGACAGACAGCUACUCCUACAAGUACUCCCACUCCCACCAUGAGUCCAUGGCCAGCCACUUCUCCUCCGACUCCCAGGGAACCGUCAUCUGUAACCCGGACAAUGAUGCAGCCUCACACAGCAGCCUGGAGACCACAGGCCAAGUGGCGGACAGUGGACCAGUGCAGUGCCACUCUCUGAGGAAAGGUGGGACAGUGGACAGAAAGGGCGGGGCCAGUGACAGGAGGCGGAGCUCUAGUCGUCCUCGCCGACUUGAGGAGAGGAGCCGGGGCUCUAAGACUGACGAGGCCACGUCGGCAGGUUACCACAGUGAGGGUGAGACUCUGAAAGAGCAGCAGGCGCCACGCACCGCAACCAAGUCCUCCUCUUCCAGCCGACUGAGGGACUUCAAGGAGACCAUGAGCAACAUUAUCCACAGCCGGCCCCUCUCCGCCUCCUCCUCGGGCUCCGGGGCCCUUGGGGGUCUAGGGGUUGAGCCGGGGGCCGCCACCAAGUCCAGAGACUGGGAGGCCGACAGCACCAGCAGUGAGUCCAAGUCCAGCUCCUCCGGGGGACGCUACAGACCGGCCUGGAGGCCCCGGAGAGAGGUUCUCAAUAUAGACAGCAUCUUCAGCAGGGAGAAACGGAGACAGGCUGGGUAUAGUCCCCUAGGGGCCACCUUGCCUGAAGACAGUGGGGCCCCGGCCGAGGGCUCCACAGGGUCAGUCACUGGAAAAGGACAGGGGCCCUUUGGUAAUAUGGCCUCCUCUUGGACCCUGCCGACCCCCAGGGGCCAUAAGAUGGAGCAGCAGCCCCCCAGGCUCAUCCAGAGGAUGGAGAGCGGCUAUGAGAGUAGCGAGAGGAACAGUAACAGUCCUGUCAGCCUGGACAUGCCUCUCAGCGAGGGACCCAAUGCUGCUAAUGCACACAGGGACACCGGUCUGAAGAAACCCUCCAGUCCCGGCUCAGGUCCAUCAUGGCGCACCGUGCCCAAGUCUAAGAGCAGCAGCGCUCUACUGCAGGAUGUCAAGGCUUCAUGCAGGGGCAACAGCCACGUAAGCCUGGCGGAAGAGGGCCGCAGCGAGCUGGACGAGCUGCAGGAGGAGGUGGCCAGGCGAGCGAGGGAGCAGGAGUUACAGAGGAGGAAGGAGAAGGAGAAGGAGGCCGCCUUGGGGUUCAACCCCAGACCCAGCAAGUUUAUGGACCUAGACGAGCUUCAGAACCAGGGCAAAGGGGACAGCUUUGAGCGGUGUGUGCCGGACGCCGAGGUGCUGCUAGACCAGUCUCUGCGUCUGGAGCAGGCUGGCGAUGUGUCUGCCGCUCUGUCAGUGGUUAACGAAGCUAUGUCUAAACUCAGGCUUCCCAUGCAUGAGGGCGGUGCUAACACCCAUAGCAGGACAGUGGCUGAGGCCCGGCUGCAAAAGUGCAUGAGGAGAGCGCGGGGCCUGCAGCAGCGCAUGCAACAGCAGCAGCAGGAAGACAGACCUCAGCAACAGGAUCAGGAGCAGACAGAGGAGCAGGAUCAGCCCUGUCCCUGUCCCCAGGAGCCCCCCAGUGAACAGUCUGUCCCAAUCAAAAUACUGUUGAUGGAUGCCCAGGAGGACCAACCGCAAGCAGUCCUGGAAGCCACCAGAAGCAUGCCUUCUCCUCUCCACGUUAAGCCCCUCCCCUCCAGUACAAACUCACUCCCUGAGCCCUCGAGCCACCCCCCUGUCUCUAUGCCCCCAAGCCCUCACACAGGGUCAACCACAGGGGGGUACGUGGCGGAGGCGAGGGGGCGCUGGGAAGGACUGGAUAUGUCAGGCGUGCUCCCUCAUGUGAGACCACUCCACAAGCACGCUGCCAUGUCCCUGCCUGCCCUGUGUGUGGACGGCUGGGACGAGAGCCAUACUGAGGGAGGCCAUGACCAGCCCCCAGCUCUGCCCAACUACAAGCCAGCUGCAUCCCCACACUGGAACAGUAACCCCGCAGCCCAGACUCUGCCCACCCCACACCCCCACCCCAGGACACCCUCUCCAGUCAGCCACGCCAACAUGGAGAAUGCCUACCCCAGACGGCCUUCGCUGGGUCCCUCUCAGCCCCCUCCUGCCCAUCAGAACCCUACCUCCUCCAACACCUCCAGGCUCGGUCCUCCUCCCCCUCCCACCCGGAACUGGUCCGGCUUGAGCCUGGGCCGGCCGGAUGCUGUCGACUCCCCUUUCUACACCCCUCCCACAGACUCCCACUACCCUCCACCCGCCCCCAGCCGACCAGGGCGGACCCCUUCCCCAGCAUCUGGGGACUACAGGUCAGGUGCCGCCAUGCCAGUGGAUCAGUGGGCAGAGAACGUGACCCGCUUCUACAACUCCCAGCCUGACCCUGUGGUGGGGUCGCCCUGCAAGGAGCUGUCAGAGUUAGACUCUCUGUACCAGGCGAGCCUACAGGCCCCCAGCUUGCCCCGGGCCCCACGCGGAGUCAGCCCCCAGCCCACUACGAACAAGCAACCGGCUAGGAAGCUAUUGUCUGGGCUGGCUGCACCUGGCCGCUCCAAGACUCCCACAGCCGAGUUAGAGAGACAUGCCUACAGAACGCCAGGCUACACCAGCAGCCCUACACAACACUCCAAGCCUGGGUCAUGUGAGCGAUCACUCGCAGAUGACGAGAACUACAGUGCUGAGAACCUCCGUCGCAUCGCCCGCAGUCUGAGUGGCACAGUCAUAGGGGGACGACCUGAACACCUCUCCCCCUCCCGCAGCUUUGAGCCCCCAGUUACCAGGAUGCCAAAGCAUGCGGACCCCCGAGUCACCGCACGUCACUCUAGCACGUCCUCCCUGCACCUCCCUCCCUCCUCCACCCACCUCUCUCCACCCGAACCCCAACACCAAUACGUCCACAACAACCACCACUACAGCCCCCCAGCACUGCCCCAGCACCCCCCUCAGCAGGCAGCGCGGCCCCCCUCCUCGGGGCCCUAUCUGGGACGCUCAGGAGAUCACCAGAAGGGAGACCAGUUUCUGGCUGUGUUUGACGGGGGUGAAGCUUUCUCCCGUGAAAACUACCACAGUGUUGCACUGAGCUACGGCACACUACCGCGGGCACCUCGCAGGGCACCUCCAUCCGGGUCCUCCUCUCUCCCCCAUCCCAGGGAAGGACCCAGCCCCAGCCCUGGCCCUGGGUACUACAGCCACCCAGACACGGGUUACGCCACCCUCUCCCACCCCCGCCGUUCUGCCCCCCCUAGAGGCACCAUAAACGGCUACAGGCAGCCCCCUCAACCCAGCAGGAUCAACGCAAUCCUACCCACCCGCCUACCUCCCCAACACCACCCAGCCUACCACCAGCUGUCCAACGAGACCUCCACCCAACCCCUCCGCCUGGACGUACCUCCGGAUGUUGACUGGAGGACUCCCGACUACAGGAUGGUACCACCGUCUAUGCCCAUGCGGGACCCCCACCCCCUCCAUCAGCACACCCAGAAGCCUGACCAACCUCGAAUGAGGGCCUCAUCCCAUUGCCCCGGUAGUGCCCCACUUUGUUCCCUGUGUCAACAGCUGCCCACCGAGCCCUCCCGCCACUACUGCCAGUCUUGUGGGGCCUAUAUGGCCCGCUUCCGGCCUGCCAGCUGAUCCAGCUUACCGUCACCCUACAAACAGACCCAGUUCACUCCCAACACACUCUUUCUCUCUCUGUCUCCUUUCUGUCUCUGUUCCCUGUUGGGCUGUAGAAGUCGGACUCUAGUCCUGAGUGUUAGGGAGACUAACAGUAAUCUUGGGGAACGUUGUUCUAGCAGAUUGUGGCCCUUUCACUUCCCAUCAAUUACUGUCUAAAGUAUAACCCCACCCCAAACCUCUUUAAUCAGACAGGCCAACCACUAUCUGGUCCUUAACCUGGUCUAUUUCUAUAGAGUUUAUGUUUAGCCUCAUCUAAGGUUGUUUAAAGAUGGUGUGAUCCAGAGCGAUGCCAACAACAUUGGAAAGUGAGUCCAGGCUGGGUAGAAGUGGGGUUGUGAAAGCCUUGCUUGCACUGAGUGUCCACUGAGGUGGAUGGCGAGAGGCAUUGUGUUUCUUGGAGAUUAGGACACCCCUCAUUCCCCGAAUGACACAUCAGCACCAACACAGCUGGAGGUUUAGGGGUUCCACUGAUGUUCCCAGGGGUCACAAUAAAACCCAUGCUUUGAGGAAGCCUGUUGUAGACAAAGACUGAAGACGGACGUUGAGUUAACGGGGUGGGGAGUUUGUUGUUGUUGUCCGUCAUGAAUGAUUCUUUAACAGGUAUUAGACAGUGAAGUGGAUGCAUCAUAAGGCUGCUUCCUCACACCAACCCUUCCCUGUCUGGAUAGGAAGAGACAACACCUUCUUCUCUCCUCUCCUCAUUGUGUACUGACACUAAAACAGACCCUCUGAGCGUUCAGAUUUAUUUACUUACUGUACUACUGUAUUUAUCAUUUUUAGGGUGCUCUGGGUAAGUAGUGUUUAGAUUGUCAAACGAAUCUUUCAGCCUAACCUGUAAAUACUCUGCCAUAGACCUGCUGUACUUUGCAUUGUAUCAACCUAGCUAGCACUGUCUGGUGAUUAGAGCCCUCUUGUAGAACGGGUGUGUGUCUCUCAGCUAGAGAGGGCUAAGGACCCUAGACUUUUAUCUUGAGGCUUUCCACAGCCCUGUAGCUAUGCACGGUUGUUCAGCAGAUCUACGACCGCCGGAAUCACUCGGCUUAGAGUACGUUAUAAAGUAAUAAUGAGAUUUUCUUAGUGCAGUGAAUUUACCCAACUGCGUUAAAACAAGUUUAGUUCACUUCAGAAGUGUUGAGAUAGUUUUGUCUGUUGCUGUUUUAUUUAUAUGGACAUGUCUCCCAUUGUUACAGGAGGUGCUCAAUGUUAUUAACCUAUUUUUGUACUUUAAAGACUUGGGAUAUUUAGAGGAUGGUGAUCUGGAGGGCUAAGGAAGUAGAGAGGUUCAGACUCGUAGAGAGAAUGUAGUGACAGUGUACUUUACAGAGAACACGCUGUGUCAAUUCAAUGGCUUUCAGCAAUUCGUACUUGUUGAAUCUUGAACGUUAGAUCCAUUUACAUUUUUUCUUGAUGUUUUGUCUUCGUGAUGCGCCAACACCGCGGAUGGCUAAUUAGUUCCUAAUUGAAAUCUCAACCCAAAUAUUACUAAGACGCUGAUUUAUACAGUAGCUCUGGAAUACAACAAAAGACAAAUUUGUCUCGUUUUUGAGGCAGAUUUUUAGAUCUGAUGAUGUAAACUUAUGGAUCAUUAGAGCCCCAAUUACAGUGAAGUCACUUUUUUGGCUUGGGAGGAAAAGUGAGCUACAGCCUUACAAAAUACACUUACGUUAUCUACAAUCUGAAAUGGAGGAAAUUACUAAAUGAUGUUUUGUUGCUUUCUACAAUAUUGCUGAUUUUGUUUUGGAAUAUUUGUACAGGUAUUUUUCUACACUGUAGAUAUGACCGAGGGAAUAUGAAGAGAAUGGAGCUUAAUGAAGAAAGUUGAGUGUCUUAAGAUAAAACAAUUGCAAGAAUUUAGGAUGCUCAACUGCAGUGCAAUUCCCCGGGUGCGAGUGGUGUUGUCCUUCUUUGGGGAAAACAGUCUCUGAAACAGAAAUGUAAUUGGAUUGUUGCAGACGUUAAACACUUAACCAAAGAGUGCCACUUUAGUGAGUCAUUUUGAUGAAAAGGAAUUAAUAAUCCUUAGUUUGUGUACAUUAUGCAACACUGCCCUCUCGUGGAUUGACAGUAGAAGAGCAGGUGACAGGUGUCCAUUUUCUUUGAUUUAACAUGCUUAUAAACAGAUACUGCGACAGCUGAACAGUGUAAAUUUGUGUACAGAUAAUGAUAUCCUUCGAACUUAAAUGUUAAGAAGGUGUGUUUUCCUGGUAAUAUAAAGGAAGGGUUGACAGAUUUCCAUUUUGGACUUAGUUUGUAAAUGCUGUGCUAGCAGAUGGAACUUGUAUUUUUGCAAUAAAGUUGUUACAAAGUGCUCCAAACAG